AUGGUUGAAAAGCAAAGUGGAAAGAAACUGAAAAGGUUACGAACUGAUAAUGGUUUGGAAUUCAUUAACGAGGUAUUUAAUAACUAUUGUAGAAAUAAUGGGGUAGUUAGACAUAGGACAGUGAGUCACACUCCACAACAGAAUGGGCUCUGUGAAAGGAUGAAUAUGACUAUUCUAGAAAAGGUAAGAAGCAUCCUAUCAUGUUCCAAACUUCCAGUCAAGUUUUGGGCAGAAGCAGCCGAUACAGUCUACUUGAUAAACAGAACACCCUCAUUAGCUAUAGGUUUUAGAGUUCCACUUGAAAGGUGGACUGGAUAUCCAGAUGGGGUUAAAGGCUACAAGUUCUGGAAUUUAGAAACUAAGAAAUGUAUUGUGAGUAGAGAUGUCAUAUUCAGAGAAAAUACCCUACCUGGUUUAGGAAACAAACCUGAUGAAUCUGAGAACUCUUAUUCAGAAGCUGGACACCUAGAACUAGAAGUGACAGACUCCAGUUUUAGCCAAAGUUUGAAUCAAGGUGGAGUUGAGGAGUUAGAUACUCAUGAGGAAGAACCAACUGGUGAUCAUGAAGUAGGGCAGAAUACUCCAGGUGUAGAUACUUCAAACUUGACUGAUUAUCAAUUAUUAAGAGAUAGAAUUAGGAAAACAAUUAGACCUCCAAGUAGACUAGGAUAUGCAGACCUGGUGGCUUAUGCACUUCAAGUGGAGGAAGAGAUGAAUGAUGAACCUAAGACAUUCCAAGAAGCAGUUUCUGGAUCUGAAAAAUUGGAAUGGAAGAAAGCCAUUGAGGAAGAAUUUGAUUCUCUUAUGAAGAAUAAUACAUGGGUUUUGGUUGAUAAACCAGAAGACUGUAGGGCGGUAAAAUGCAAAUGGAUUUUCAAAAGGAAACCAGGUUUAAAAACUCAGGAUGCACCUAGGUACAAGGCUAGGUUAGUCGCAAAAGGGUUCACACAAGUAGAGGGGGUUGACUAUAAUGAAAUAUUUUCUCCCGUGGUCAAACAUACAUCAAUUAGGGUCCUGAUUUCUCUAGUAGUUCAAUUCAAUCUGGAAUUAGAACAACUUGAUGUGAAGAUAGCUUUCUUGCAUGGGGAUUUGGAAGAAAGUAUUCUAAUGGAGCAGCCUGAAGGGUACAACAGUGCUACAGGUCAAGCUCAUAAAAUUCUUGGUGUUUCCAUUGUCAGAAACAGAGCUUCUGAAAGUCUAAAGUUAGUCCAGAAGGACUACACUGAGAAAAUUCUGAAGAAAUUCAAGAUGCUGGAUGCUAAAUCUGUUCAAACUCCUCUCGGUGCUCACCUGAAACUUUCACAUGAGCAGAGUCUACGGACUGAAACUGAGAAGCUUGAAAUGGCAGGGAUACCUUAUGCUAGUGCACUGGGAAGCCUAAUGUACUUGAUGCAGAGGAGGCCACCUGCCUGGUUGAAAGGUCUGAUCAAUGAGCUGGGUGCUGAGCAACAGACAGUGAAGAUUAACAGUGAUAGUCAGAGUGCGAUUCACCUUUGUAAAAACCAAGUUUACCAUGAAAGAACCAAACACAUUGAUGUCCAUCUUCAUUUCAUUAGGGAAAUGAUUAAAAGAGGAGCAAUCGAGAUUGAGAAAAUUGAUGGAUCUCAUAAUCAUGCCGACAUGUUCACAAAAUCUGUCCCAUUUGAAAAACACAGGCUUUUUAUGGAGAAUCAGAGACAGCUGGAUGAUGAUUUAGGCUUUCGAGCAUGUGUAAUAACACCUACUGGUGCAAGAGGAAAAGUGAGACUUCAGGCACUGCAGACAGGUGAGGAAUUUUCUUCUGAGUUUUUGAGGGACCGCACAUCUCAAAGAAGAAUAACAGUAAUGAAUGAUGGAGGUCAUCGCCGUCCAACCCAAAUGGGGUUUAAUUUCAAUCAGAACAAUCAGGCAGUUUACAGGGAUCUUAAUGGCAUUCACGGAUCAAGGAGAAAGAGUUAUGAAUGCAAUGCAGAUGUCUCAGAUAUGGUUCCUGCUACAGGAUGUGCAGCUGAAAUAGAAAAUAAUGCUUAUAAUGAUAAUUUAAGCAGAUAUCCGUGGCAAUAUGGUGCUAUUGGACAAAAUUCAGGUAAGUUUUCUGAUGAAAUUUAUUCUGAUCAAGUUACCACAGAACCAACUGUUUCCCCACAUUACAUAGUGGGCUCUCCUCUGUCAUACCAUUAUUACGGACCAGGGUUUAUGGAGAGUGCUCUUAGUCAAAAGAUAAAGUUCCUUUGUAGCUUUGGCGGGAGAAUAUUACCUAGGCCAAAUGAUUCGAAGCUUAGGUAUGUGGGUGGAGAGACACGGAUUAUAUCCAUCAGGAGAAACCUCACUUGGGUGGAACUCGUAAAGAAGACUUCAGCAAUUUGUAACCAACCUCAUACGAUCAAGUAUCAGCUCCCAGGAGAGGAUCUUGAUGCACUUAUAUCUGUUUGUUCGGAUGAGGAUCUUCAUCAUAUGAUAGAGGAACAUCAAGAAUUGGAAAGAAUUGGUGGCCCUCAUAGACUGCGAAUAUUUCUUGUACCUCUAGCUGAACCGGAGAGUCCAAGUUCUUUGGAAGGCAGGGACACCCAGCAGAGUGAUCCUGAUUAUCAGUAUGUUUUUGCCGUAAAUGGCAUGCUAAGUGUGACUUCUCGAAGGAAUUCUAGUGGGCAGAGUUUGGCAAGUCAAGCAACCGCCUUGGGAACUGCUUCAGAUCAUAGUGUAGGUUUUUAUAGAGACUCCCCUACAUCUAUUCAGACUUGUGAGAAUAAGGAUUAUAGUUCUAAUUCCUCGAAUUUUGGAGGCACGUUUUUUAAUCGUAAUGUUCAGCAUCGUGAUACUAUGAGCUCUAAUGCGCAAAUUAAUGCGGAUCAACCAUGUGCUGUUGUCAAUGGAAGUGCCAAUCCUUUAGCCGUGGACAAAUUUUCUUGUGUAAAUCCCAUUAGCCACUAUGAUAAUCUUUCUUAUGCCCAUGUGCAAUUGAAGAAUAACCAUCAGCAAAACAAAAAUAUGGUAGAAACUGAGCACACAAACAGAAGCCAUGAAAUGCAUUUUCAAAAUCAUGGCCCCAGUAGAGAUACUAUGCAUUAUACGGCACACAGCCAAAGAGAUAAGAACUCUGAAGGACCUGCACUUAAGGAAAGGUCACUUUCUGACACAGGGUUACAUGAACAAUAUGAGAGUUCUAUUUACAGCUUUAGAGAGCCAACUAUACCUCAAAGCCCCUGGACUAUUGGAAGAGAGAAAUCACCUAUGGUAGGAAUGUUAAGUUCUUCAAAAGAGUGGCCAAUGCAAUGGCAAGAGGUGAUUGAUGAAAAAAACCAAGGUACCAAAUAUAAGAAUCAGUGCAUUAUGAAGACACCAGAACCAUGCAAAAAUAAUUUUGAAUGGAGUCCAGAGUUCAAUUGCAUGGACUGGAAUCCUGCUUCUUCUGUUUCAGAUAGAAAACACCAUGAAGAAAGUGUUAAAGUUAUGCAAUAUGGUAAUGCCAUGGAAUAUACGAUAAACAACCAACCCAGCACUCAUAUUCCCCUGCAAGAUUCUCAUGACUCUGGGAGCUCGCUAUUCUCUUUACCAGUUAUUCAUAAAGAAAAUUCUGCAGGUACCACAAAGGAGAACCUUGGUGGUUGUCAAUUUGACACAAAUGCACCUAAGUCUCAUGUUAAGAGACAAAAUGCUACAAGCAAUAAAAAAUGUGCUAUGCCUGAGACAAGUCAACCAGAUUCCCUUGGAUUCCCCGGACUACCCUCUAUAUCAUCUAAAGGAGCUGCUAAUCAAGAACGUAGAAUCCCAAGAUGUAAAUUGACAACAAGUUAUGCUUCAAGUAAAGAGGAUUCUAUCUACAAUGAAGAAGCUACAAAUUCUCCCCACCAUAGAAUUGGAAAAAUACGCAUUAGGAUGCCAUCAGGAAAGGAUCAGAAGUCUGAAGAUCGUAUAUGUGCCCAAUCACAAGCCUCAGAAAAUGAUCAUGAAGACAAGAUGCUCAAGUCAGGGGUUAUAGGGAAAGAUGUAACUGAUAGUACACCUCCAGACAUUCCCUCCUCCCUGGUAGUAGUACCACAUGUACAGCAUAACGGCAGUGAUGAAUAUCCAUCCCAAAGAGAAACAGAUGCAGAGAAUAUGAAUCAAUCUGACGGUGAGGAAGCAAAAGUAUUUAGCAAUGCUGCAAUGGCUGAAUUAGAAGCAGACAUAUAUGGUUUGCAGAUUAUUAAGAAUGAUGACCUUGAAGAAUCACAAGAGUUAGGUUCUGGAACAUACGGAACUGUUUACCAUGGGAAGUGGAGGGGAACAGAUGUUGCUAUAAAGAGAAUAAAAAAGAGUUGUUUUUCAGGCAGAUCAUCGGAACGAGACCGGUUGACAAAAGACUUCUGGAGAGAGACACAGAUCCUGUCAAAUCUUCACCAUCCAAAUGUGGUAGCAUUCUAUGGUGUUGUCCCCGAUGGACCUGGUAGAACAAUGGCAACCGUAACUGAAUAUAUGGUCAAUGGAUCAUUGAGGCAUGUCCUACUAAGGAAAGAUAGAUCACUUGAUCGCCGCAAAAGGCUUAUGAUCGCCAUGGAUGCAGCUUUUGGCAUGGAAUAUCUGCAUUUUAAAAAUAUUGUUCAUUUUGAUUUGAAGUGUGACAAUUUGCUUGUCAAUUUGAGGGAUCCCCAACGACCCAUUUGCAAGGUUGGAGAUUUUGGGUUGUCACGAAUUAAACGCAAUACACUUGUGUCUGGCGGUGUGCGUGGAACUCUUCCGUGGAUGGCACCAGAAUUAUUGAAUGGAAGCAGCAGCAGGGUUUCUGAAAAGGUUGAUGUUUUCUCAUUUGGUAUUGCAAUGUGGGAGCUCCUCACUGGAGAAGAGCCAUAUGCCAACAUGCAUUGUGGUGCUAUUAUAGGCGGGAUCGUAAGCAACACACUCAGGCCUCCUCUACCGGAACGUUGUGAUCCAGAAUGGAAAAGGUUAUUGGAAGAAUGCUGGUCUUUCGACCCUUCGGCAAGGCCAUCAUUUACAGAGAUAACAAAAAGGCUGCGCGUUAUGUCAACAGCUCUCCAGACAAAGCGGCGUAGUAAUGUAAUUAGAUGAACGCAGCAUGCUCAUACUCUUACAAAUCUCAGGCAAAAUAGCACACAAAUAUA